UAACUUCAAAAGGAGGAGUGACUAGAGAUUUAUGCAUAUUUGGGAUGUAUAUAUAUGUAUGCAUUCCAAAGCUGCUGAUACUCCAAGGUACAGCUGGGCUUUUUGAUAACUGGAUUGAACCCUACUGGACACUUGAGCUAGUAAGACAUUCAUCUUUACAUCUUUACAGUCUGACCCGAACAUCUCCAACCUCCAAUUGCCACGAUGUCAGGAAACAAAAUCGAGGACAAAGGCAGUCUGCAGCUGAUUGAGAUCCUAGGAUUUGCUGCCUCAGCUGCCUCAGCUGUCUUCUCAGUAUUUUCUGAGAUCCACCCUGUUUUUGGCAUUGCUGCUUCCCUGAUAAAGGUGAUACAGAAAGGUGUGAAUGAUGAGAACAGCUGCACUGAGUUGAAGCGUGAGUUCAAAUCAAUCAACCAGACCCUGGAUGAGCUUUCCAAGCAGCAUCACAACUCUCUGCUGGAGAACAGGAAGAAUACACUCGAUGAGCAAUACUCUGAGGUGGUCUCCAAGCUGCGCCAGCAUUUUGAAAUGUACGAGGGUAUUAUGCAAGCAGACCCAGCCCGCCGUGAGGAAAUGAAGAACGAGUUUAAAAAGAAAUAUUCCAGAGAGAUGGGAGAGAAACAUCUGAAUACGCUCUAUGAUGGUGUGACAAAGAACGACAUGACCUUCAGCCAGCCAAUCCUCGAGGUUUAUCUGGACUACACAAAAGGAAAAGACGGCGCUCGCUGCAUCAUGGAGGAGCUCUGCAAACACCUCUACUCCCUGUUCACCAUUGGUGUCAUCACCUACAUGGGCUAUGUCGCCAUCAAAGGGUAUGACCUGGAGGAACCGAAAAAGAAGUGGGAAGAGAAGAUGAAUGAGGUGCAAAAGAAGAUGCAGGAGGCUCUUGCCAAGUGCAAGUGAAGGCAAAGAGGGUUAUUUCCUCCUCUGCUUGUCUGAUUCUGUUUGAUUACCAGAACACAGCGUCACUUGGGGAAGAUUGUGCUUAAUACUUAGCAGUAGCCAUAAUAAUCAUUCAUUUUCUGCACAUUUUGAAUGAAUAUAUUUAGCAAACAUUUCAUGAUAGAGUUGCAUGCAUAUUGUCGUUGAAUUACUUAAAAAAAUUGUAGAAAAGAAAGAAAGAUAGAAAGAACAGAUCAAACUGGAUUUAACAGAAUCGAAAAAUAAGUAGAGAGCACAAUUACAUGACUUUGCAAGAGGACACAAUCUCUAACCCCAACCCUAACCUUGCAAGUCAUCAACUGGCAGCUGCAGGCCUUUCACUUCUCCACUUCUGUCCAACUACAUCCAGUUUUCUAUCUGCUUUCAAGACAGCAGUGCACACAUUAGUACAAGAUCUUGAGUUUCUUGGCACUCAUGGAAUAGCCUUCAUCUCUCAAAUCAGGUCACUGAUGAGUUUCUAGGGAAAUGUAGAGAUGCCAAUUGUAGAUACUGUAGUAACUGAGAGAUAAUUUUUAGCUUCAGUUAACAACACAUUUCAUUUUACUUGUGCUCAAUGUGAUGGGAGU